AUGCUGCUUCAUUUUGUUGAUGGAAACGAACUAGACUCCCUCUACCAAGUUCGGUUACUAUCUGCGCUACGAAGCGGCGAUCCCGCUCGCAUCCACCCUUUCCUCACCGAUAUCACCAAGGACCGCAGAACAUCCGCAGAAAGUGACACAGACCUUGGCGCCGCUGCACUCCAUCUCGCCAUUCGCUGUGCAUCAUGCGAUACUAUAUCUCUCCUAUCAUCUCAUAGGUCCAUUUCUCCGAAUGCAGUAUACCCUCCUGGAUCUGGUACUACGGCACUGCACCUAGCAGCCUCGCUAUCGCGAACGGAUGUCGUCAAUCUGUUGUUGGAGCAGGAGGGGAUCGACGAUAGCUUGCGCGACAGCCAAGGGAAAACGUGCCUCGAAGUCGCCAAGGGGAAGGACACCGUUCGCGCCAUCCGAGACUCGAGAGCGAUCCUUACCGCGUCAUAUCGGUCGUUGCUUCGCAGCUACAUUCUGUCCUCCUCCAGCGCUCCUCCUACUGACGCACUGAUCCAAAUCCUUUCCUCACCUCGGAUACGCCUUGUCGACCUAUCCUAUCUCGACGAUUCCUCCGGCCGGACGUUGCUUCACGAGGCCGCCCGACGCAAAGACCUGCGUUUGGUCGAGCUAGCCGUACGCGCCGGCGCAGAUGUCUUCGUGCGCGAUCGCAAAGGUCGUCCAGUGUACGACAGCGCUGGCAAGGACGAUCGUGUUCGUGUCUUCCUUCGACAGUUCACCAAUCAGGACAACUCCCUGAUUGCCGAACCAUCGACGUCAUUGGAACCUCCAGAGCUUCGCGGAUACCUGAACAAGUACACGAAUGUCGCAAGAGGGUACAACACGCGCUGGUUUAUUUUACACCAGGGCGUCCUCUCUUACUACCGCCACCAGGAAGACGAGAAUCUCGCGUGCCGAGGGUCGAUCUCUCUGCGACACGCGAUCUUGACUGUACCGACGGGGACGUCAGGACUGCGCUUCGAAGUGCACUCGACACCUUCCAGAGGCCAUUCGUCAAUCCAGAAGUGGUACCUGAAGGCGAACCACCCCGUCGAGGCCUCGCGAUGGAUCACCGCUAUCCAAAAGAGCAUGGAGCUUGCGAAGCGGGACGACACGCAAAGCCGGAAGAGCGGCGAUAGCGAAGCCCCCAGCCUCAAGCCGUCCCUAUCGAUAUCCGGCGCCACGCGACGCAGGCACACUCAGUCGACCAGCGGCGCUAGCGGCGUCAUCUCCGCGACCAGCUCUCAAGUCGACGGCGACUCGGGCGGCGAAGCCGCCAGCGAACGCCGCGAUCAUGACCACCAGCCUUCGUUCACGGACACCGAAGGCGACCAGGACCAUGGGGACUCGUCCGACUCGGACUCCGUACGCAACGCGGCACCUCACGCAAACUCCUUCGAGCUACAAGGGAACUCCCUCAUCGCCCAGACCGACCUUGCCGCGCAACUGUUCAAGUCGACCGCGCAGUCGUCCAACUCCCUCCGUGCCGCGGAGGUGCACAAGGCGCUCGGCGAGACCCUCGGCACCGUCUCGGGCAUGCUCAACGAGUACGUGCAGAUGGUGAAGGAGCGCGAGGAGUGGUACAAAUCCGCGCUCGAGCGCGAGCGCGAGCGUCAAAACGUCUGGGAGGCGAGCCUCCAGGCCGUUGUGCGCGAGGGCGACAUGCUCGAGAAGGAGCUCCGGAGCCGCAUCCGCCGCCGCAGUCGCGCCCCGAGCGACGCGCAGAACGCCGGCACCCUCCGUCGCCUCCCCAGUCCCACCUCCACUCCGGAGAUCGUCACCGCGCCGGCGGUGGCGAUACCCCACCCCGACCCUGCGCCCGCGCCCACGCCCGUACCACCCGCCGCACCGUUCACGCAGGCGCGCGAUGACCUUCCCUCGCCUGCGGCCACGAUCUCUGCGCGCGGUUCGAACCGGCGCACGUCGCUCAACGUGCCCGUCAACGGGCGCCCGUUCUCGCUCAUCAUGGGCGCCGGGAGUGCGAGCGCCGGCGCGAUCGCGAACGGUGACGAGGACGACGGGGACACGACGGACGAGGACGAGUUCUUCGACGCGAUCGAGUCCGGCAACCUCCCGGGGCUCGUCAUCACGCGGUCGCUCAUCCAACAGAACCCGAGCGCCACGACCGUGUUCCUCAGCCCGGAGGUCUAUGCGGGGUACACGAAGCUCCGCGACCGGCUUGGGAUCUCGACCGACGACCGGCCGCCGAUGAGCUUGUGGGCGGUGCUGAAGAACAGCAUCGGGAAAGACCUGACGAAGAUUUCGUUCCCGGUGUUCUUCAAUGAGCCGACGAGCAUGCUCCAGCGCAUGGCGGAGGACAUGGAGUUCUCAGAGUGUUUGGACGCGGCGUACGCCGAGACGGACCAGCACAAGAGGAUCGCGUUCGUCGCAGCCUUCGCGAUGUCGAACUACUCGUCCACGAUCGGCCGCAUCGCGAAACCCUUCAACCCUAUGCUUAGCGAGACCUUCGAGUACGUGCGACACGACAAGCAGUACCGCUACGUCUCAGAGCAGGUCAGCCACCACCCUCCGAUCUCGGCGUGCUGGGCAGAAGCGCCCACGUGGCGCUACUACGGCGAGGUCGACGCGCAGAACAAGUUCAUGGGCAAGUCGUUCGAGAUCCGUCCCACCGGCAUCGCGCACGCGGAGCUGCUCCUCCCCGAAGACCGCGAAGGGCUGGAGGGCUACCCCAAGGCCAGGGGGGUGAACGUGGCGGGCCGCGUGGUCGAGCACUACAGCUGGAAGAAGGUCACGACGAACGUCUCGGGCUUCAUCCUCGGCUCGCCAACGAUUGACCACUACGGCGACAUGGUGAUCACGAACCAUCGGACGAAGGACCGGUGCGUGCUGACCUUCAAGCCCCGCGGCUGGCGCGGCCGGGACGCGUACGAGAUCAGUGGCUACGUCUCGGACGCCGAGGGCAACGUCGUGUACGAGAUCGCCGGGCGCUGGAACAGCCAGCUCGUCGCGCGGCGCGUCGGCACUGGCGUCGGACAGCUGCACCCCGACGUCGCGCCCGCGAGCGAGAAGGAGUACAUCCUCCUCUGGCGCAACUCGGAGAAGCCGACCUUCCCGUUCAACCUCACCCCGUUCGCGAUCACGCUCAACGAUUGCCCGCCGGACACGCUGCGGCCGUACGUGUGCCCGACGGACUGCCGGAUGCGCCCGGACCAGCGCGCGUUCGAGCUCGGCAAGUACGAGCGCGCGAACGACCUGAAGAUCAAGCAGGAGGAGUUCCAGCGGGCGACGCGCAAGGCGCGCGAGGAGGGCAGCGCGCCCGCGCACGGCCCGCGGUGGUUCGCGGCGACGACGGAGCCGGACACGGGCGAGCGCGUGUGGAUGCCGGCGAUGGCGGGCGGGGAGGUCGAGUAUUGGGCCGAGCGCGAGAAGGUGUGGAAGGCGACGCAGGACGCGAAGGGCGCCGCGGUCGUGUCGUGGAAGGGCGUCGAGCCGAUCUUCAUCGACGACGAGCCGUGA